AUGAAGUCGUACCAGGAGAUCGUGCGGACUUCGUCCAAGCGCGAUCCAAGAAACGGGCGCGCCAAUCCCCCCACCGCCGUCCCAUCUUCACCGUUCGUUUCGCCUCCCUCGCACGCCUCGACAAACAGCGCUUUCUCGCCUAUACCAAACGGGAACGGAACCGCGGACCGCGGGGCGGCUUCGGCGGAGACUGAGAGCGUCUCAGGCGCGUCCGAGAAGCGCAAGGGACGGUUCCAUGGUCUCGCGAGGCUGCAGAUUGGAAGCCUGGGACGGAAGGACAAGGGAAAGGGUAAGGCGAGUGCGCAGAACGGGACGCUCGCGGGGAACGAGGAAGAAGAGGGGACCUAUGAUGGAUCCGAAGGUGGGCGCUACCUUGUUCCGCCGCCUAUUGGUCCGAACGGCGCCAUGAUGCUCCCGCCUCCGCCUCAUCACGCCUACCCUUACGCUUAUCCGCCGCCAGGCCGACCCCCUUACCCUUACCCGCACGCCUAUCCCGCACCGCCCUCAACUUCCGUCUCUUCGUCCGCACCCGUCACUACACCCGCAACAACCACCGGCGCCUCCACCUCGCCUACAUCACCCAAUACCCCUACCUCCGCCGCGCAUUAUUAUCCUUACGUUGCGACUACGAGCCGACUAGCGCCGAAGCGACAGCACUCGAACCAGAUGGCGAGUCCGCAGAGCUUUCGGUCUCGAGGGAGCGGUGCAGACGGGAACGGCGAGAACGGCGUGGACGCGGAGGAGAAAGAGGAGAUGCUGGAUGUGCUGCCGAUGCAGAGACGGGACGUGUCUGGCUCAUCGAUGGGAGGACGAGGAUCGCUGCCACCCGGCGCAGGUCCCCCAGCCCCAUCUGCGGCGUACAGCCAAGCGCCCUCUAUACGAUCGUCUCCAGGUCGAAGAGGACGAGGUCGCUCUCCUUCAGUGAUGUCGGCGCCUUCUGCUUCUCGGCCACCUCCGGUCCCGCCCUUCCCCUACCCUCCCUACCCGCCCUAUCCACCUCCUCCCGGCUCAGCAGGAUACCCCUACCCUCCCUACCCGCCAUACCCUUACCCGCCUUAUCCCCCCUACCCGCCGUACGGAUAUCCCGCCCUUCCUCCUCCCGCUCGAACACCCGGCCCGUCCGAUUCCUACGGCGCUCGGCCACCCUUCCGUCCAUCCGCAUCUCAAGCGUCCUUCGGCACCGCUUCGACCUCUCAACGACCUCCGCCUCCGCCCUCGAACGCGCUCCCUCCGCCAGUCCCGUUCGGCCCGCAUCCAUUCUCCGCGCCUGUGCACCCGUCUUCUUCGGCAAGUGCGAAUGCCGUCGCGCGGAAUAUGGCGAAGAGCGUGGGUCCUACGAGUCAGCCGAGAGAGAUGGGCGGAUCGGCGAGUAAGGGAAAGGCAAAGGAAGAGGAGGGGAAGAUGAGUGUCGGUAUUGACUUCGGAACGACCUUCACCGGCAUCGCCUACGGCUCCUCGCGUCUCUUCUCCGGCCAGAUUCGGCAGAUCCUCUCCUGGCCAGGCUCGUACGAGACUUACCGCAAGGUCCCGACGUGCAUCUUGUACGAGCAGAACAGUCCGGACGAGGAGGCCAAGAUUGUCAGCUGGGGGCUCGAGGCGAAGAAUGCGACUGUCACGAAGGGGCUGAUCAAGUGCGAGUGGUUCAAGCUCCUCCUCUCGCCCGAAUCGCUUCGCUCCGGCGUUCCCGAUCCGUGGCUCCCGCCACUUCCUGUCGGCAAGAACGUCGUCGAUGUCAUCGCCGACUUCUUGCGCUGCAUCUGGCGGUACGCAAGGCGGAUGAUCACGGAGGAGAUCGGAAGUGUCGUCGACCUGAAUGCCGCCGAUGUCCUCCUCACCGUUCCCGCCGCAUGGGACGCCGCCGCUUGCUCGCUCAUGCGUGAGAGCGCGCUUCGUGCCGGUCUCGUCCAGAGCUCGCGCGGUGGUGACACAGCGUGGAGGGACAGGCUGCAGAUUAUCACCGAACCCGAAGCCGGCGCCAUCCACGCCUCGACCCUCGCGACCCUCCACCACCUCCGGCCCUCGCAAUGCUUCCUCCUCUGCGAUGCAGGAGGCGGAACCGUCGAUACGGGCGUCUACAAACUGAUGGGUCAACUCUCCGAGCUCGAGAUCGCCGAGAUGUGUGUGCGGAGCGGGGCGAAUACGGGAAGCUUGUUUGUCGACCUCAAGUUUGAAGAGUUGCUCAGGCGGAUCCUGAAGGACCACCCAGUGCACCUCGAGCCGGCAUCGAUGGCGACCUUCAUCCACGCUUUCGCCGAGGGAGACAAGCUCGCCUACCACGGUACCGCCGAAGACGAUGAGGCCAUCUUCCGGUUCAACUGCUUCAACGUUGAGGACUCGCACGACCCCGCCGUCGGCUUGGAGUUCGGCGAACUCGCCAUCCCGGGCAAGGUGCUCAAGACGGAGGUCUUUGACCCGAUCAUCGAGCAAGUCCUUGAGCUCCUCUCGACCCAGAUCGCCAAGAUUGGUUCCACCCCGCUUGACGCUAUCAUCCUCGUCGGCGGUUUCGCGGCGUCCGAGUACCUCUACACCCGCGUCCGACAAGCCUUCGGCGCUGUCGUCCCUGUCAUCGUCCGCCCGCAAGACUGUGACACCGCAACUCUCCGGGGAGCGGCUCGCUACGGUCUCGGCUUGCGGCAGGGCAAAGCGGGCGUCAGCAGCGUCAUCAGUCCGCGCAGCUACUGCAUGAAGAGCAGGUUGCCGGCCGAGCAGGAGGACCAUUGGCGAAGGCCCGAGUUCGUCACGACGAACGAUGGCGGGACGGUCGUGUGCGAGAACCGGCUGAGCUACCUCAUCGCCAAGGGCGCCGUCUUGCGCAAGGGCGAGCGGUUGCGAUCUCGCUUCUGCAAGUUUGUCAAGGACCCUCGCGACUCGGUCUUUACCGCCCACCUCUUCGUCUCGAAUUCGGAGGAGCUGUACCGCUAUACCGACGAGGGCGACUUGACCGAACUCUGCCGCUGGACCGUCGACCUCGCCGCGUUGCCCAAGUUCCACCAGAUCGCCGAGGAGAACGGCGGCGGAUACAUCGAGUUUGACCUCGGCCUGCAGCUCGACAGUGCCGAAGUGCGCGGCGUCUUGAUGACCGAGGACGGCGUUGAAUGUGGCGCAGCCACCUUCGAAUUCCUCGGCGCUUAG